AUGGAUUUGCCUCCAUAAAGCUAAAAGGUUUAAAUUGCCAAGUCUAGAUACUCGCCAACUCCAGCCACUAAGUAAAAUUCUUACUUGGAAAAGAUGAGAGCAGAAAUGUGGUCUAACAACGAGAAGCUGAAGAAGCCUGGAUUCACAAAUUAGUUUAAGCAAAGCGAUAUUGUUCAGGAAUAGAGCUUACAUAAAUACGAUAGUUAUUCAGCAUAAUAUUAGCAGUAGCAUCCAAGUAGCGAAACAAAUAUUUAGAGUGCUCCAAAAAAUUACUAAAUUCAAGAUUAAAGCAAUGGGCAUACUAAUUACUAGCAAAAAUAACUAACUGAUGUCAUUUCCAAUAAAAUUCUUUCAGAAUUAAAAAAGUCAGCAUAAUCAAAAGUUAAUAACUACCUUAAAAGCAGGGAUUCGUCAGGUAGAAAUUCAUCUUAGCCAAUAAAUACAGCAGCAGACAAUCGUUUUUAAGCUCUCUUCCCAAACUCUAACACAAGCAACAGUAGCAACAAUAGCAAUACUCAGAUAAAUUAUAAAGUAAAUUAGAUAUCUGAGCAAAAAGCCCAUCAUAAUAUUCCUAUGACUACGAUUAAAUAUUAAGAUGCUGUAAACAUAGAGUUAUUAAAGCAAAUGCAAGCAGAAACAAAUAAAAGUAAACCUCAGUAAAUUCAGCACCCUUCAAACAGUAGUAGUGGAAAUAAAUAUACUUACUCUUAGACAGCAUCUCCAAUGAGCGCUGUAAAAAGUGGAUACAAUAGCAACGUUACUUAGUAAUAGUAGCAGCCGUAACAAUCCCAGUAGACAAAGAAUUAAUAGUAGUUAUAACAUUAUGCUGCUUUAGUUGCUUAGUCUAACUUGAUGGUCUAAAAUAUGUAGUAACAGCAGUAGUAAUUGCUGAUAAAACAAGAGCAAAAUCAGCAUUUAUAAUAGCAAAAUUAAUUAAAUUCCCCAUAAAAUGUUUUGUCUAACAACAAUACUAUCGGGUAUAAAUAAGUAAAGCAAGAAUAAGCAUACAGAUACGGAAGGGUAUUACCAAAUUAGAUGUAAGUAUAUGAUAAUGCGCCUCUUUUCCCUGCUUAAUAAUAGAAGGCCAAAGAAACUUUUUAUUAAAAGUUAAUUACUGAUAGAAAUUUUUAGAACUUCAACUAGAAAUUGCAUGUAAAAAAGAAUUAAGAGCAGCAACUUAAUCAACCACAAACGAAUAUACCUGUUAAUAAUUAUCUCAGUAGUCAUAGUCCGUCAGAAAUAAAACAAUAAAAUUAUAGUUUGCAUAGUCAUUAUGGCACAGAAGUAGUGAAUAAAAAUAAUAGUUUUACUAGUCCAGUACAAACAAGAAAUUUGAGUGCCCACUAAUCUCCAUAAGAGAGCUUUUAAAACAUUCCUAAAACUCUUUAAUUUGUUACUUACAAUAAUAAAUACUAGCCUAUAAUUCCUUAGUCAAAUAUCCAAGCUAACCAUCAGAAAAAGGACUCUUUAGAUUAAGCAUUAAACCAUUUGCUAAAAUAAAAUAUUCCAAAUAAUACUAUACCUUUAGAAUAGCUUGAAAUGAGGCAUAAGAAACAGCUAGAUUAAUUUAAAUAAUAAGCCUAACGUUAUGAGCAGUCGAGUUCACAUAAAGGCGGUAGAUUGUAAAUGAGCUUUAGCGAAAGCCACACACCAAGAAAGAAUUCAAUUAGUAAAGAAUCUGAUGGAGUUGGAGCAAGAAGCAACAGCAUGUAAAAGAAAAGCUUUGAAAAUUUUAAUAGUUCUUAAGAAAACUCUUAAAUAUCAGCAGGAAAAUUAAAUAAUGAUAAAAUGUAUUAAGAAGAUUUAUUAUUAUAGAACAGCUAGCAAGCAGCUAACAAAAUUGAGAAAUAUCAAUAAGAAAUUGAAUUGUAUUAAAAGGAAUUAUCUAAUGUUAAGCAAGAAUUAGGAAAUCUCAAGAACUAAUAAACUAAUAAUUCUGAUUUGGAUUUCUUGAAUAAAUAGUUAACCAAUUUAAAGUCAAUUUUCUUGGAUAAAAAGAAACAACUUGAAUUGGAAAUUGAGUAAAGCAACUAAACUCACAAACAAUUGAAAGAAAAAUUGAGCCAGGCACUUCAAAGCAAUCAAAGCUUGUAAAGCGAAAAUAUUAUGCUCAAAAACUAGCUCUCUCUUCAAACAAGAGGAAGCAACGAUAAGUACAAUAAGCUUAUGAAACAAGAUUAGUAAAAUAUACAAAGCUUUGAGCAUGAAAACAAUCUAUUAAAACAAGAGAUGCAUAAUUUAAAAAGUAAAUACGACUAGGAAAUAGAAGAACUUAAGGAGAAGUAUUAGGAUUACAUUUUUUCUAUUGAAGAGAAGUCUAAUGAGCUUAAAAAAUAACUAGCAGAUUCUUAAAAUUCUAAAUAAAUGGUAAAAAGUGCUAGUGGUACUUAGAAUCCUUUAGCAACUCUUUAAUUAGAAGCUAAAGAUUAAAUUAUUGAACAGCAAAGACAGGAUAUAUUUGGGUUAGAAUGUAAUUAUAGAGCAUAAAAUGAUUACAUUAAAGAAUUAGAAGAAAAAAUAACCUAGCUAGAAGAUCAAGUACAAGUUUUAAAUACUUAAUUGGCUGAAUAGCAACAAUAACAUUUAGAUCAUUUGUAAUAGUAAAGUGAAUUAAGGGAUUAAGAGAUUUUAAAGAUACUUGAAUAAAAAACAAUCUAGAUUGAGGCUGAAUUAAAUGCUACCUUUGCAAAUAAAUUAGAAUAGGAAGUUUAGAGUGCUCUUUAAUAGAGCAACAAUAACAAGGAAUAAGCUGAAUAAUCUUAAUUCUAUUAAGCACAAUAUAGAAAAGUUCUUGAAGACUACUAGCAGGCUAAAAAGAUAAUAGAAAGCUUAUAAAAAUAAAAUUAGUCAUCAUAAAAAGAAGUUGAGCACUUGAAGAAUUAAAUUGAAAGAAUCACUGAAGAUCUUGAUGUUUAAACUGCUAACUAAGGCAGUACAUAAAAAUAUGUUCAAGAAAAUUAAGCAUUAAUAAUAAAGAUCAAAGAGCUAGAAACUACUAAUAAUGAGCUUACUAGCGAAAUAUUUAAUUUUGAAAAGAAUGAUGCCAAGCUUAGAGAAAAUAUUGAGCAACUUUAGUAAGAAGUAGAUGACCUUAAAUAGCAGCUCGAGUAAGCAGGUAGAGAAAACGAGGAAACUGUGAGUGCUAUUACACUUUUCAAACAAAAUAGUGAUUCUCAGAAAUAAGAAUUAAAUAUUUUAAAUUAAAAAAUAGAAGAGUAGCAGAAAUAAAUUUAAAGUUUACUUAGUCAAAAGAGUGAUCUUUAACACUUGAAAGAAGUAGCUGAAGAGAAUUUAUAAUUAAAAACUGAAGAAUUUGAUAGAUUCAGAAUGAAUUUAGACACUGAUUAACAAGUUAUGUUAGAAGGCAGCGAAUAAAAGGAGAUCAUUGAAAGCCUGAAGAAACAUAUUGAAGAACUGGAGUCGUAGUUGAGUGACAAAGAUUUCAUUUUACUCUAAAAGCAGUAAGAGAUCAUUCAAAUGAAUGCUGAGAAAUACGAAUCUUCUUCUGAAAAGGAUAAAUUAGUUAAUAAGAUAGAAGAGCUAGAAGAAUCUGUAAUCAGCAUGAAGAAGUAGAAUAAGUUGCAAGAAUAAGAGUUAAAUGAAUGUAAAAGGUUGCAAGAUGAAUAAUAAGAAGAACUUAAAAGUCAAAUUAAGCAAAACAACAUUUAAAUUGAAAACCUCAAGUAAUUGAUUCAGGACAUGCAAAGACAAAUAGAUGAAAAAGAUGACUAGCUUGAGCAAAGUUAAAAAGACAAGGUUUAAAAUGAGUUAGAAAUCUAGUAGCUAAGCGAAUCUAACAAUGAUUAUAUCAAAGAAAUUUAAGCAUUAAGCAAGUAGAUCUACUCAUAGUAAGCUCAAAUUCACUAAUAGAAGGUUGAGUUAGAAGAUUUCGAUAUAAGAAAGCAAUAAUUUGAAGAAUUAGAACAUCUAAAAGAAGUUAAAAUAAAUGAACUUGAAAAUCUUAUCGAACAAUAUGAGAAACAAUUGAAGAAUCUUUAAGAAAAGGAGGAAAAAAUUGAAGAAGUUUGUUCUUCGCUUGAGUCUUCAGUCUCUCCCAUAAAUUAGAAAUCCUAAAAACAAGAAAAAGAAAAGUGUGAAGGAAAAUAAGUAGAAGAAGAAGAUUCUAAAUUAUAGUUAGAGAUUCAAAUAGAAGAGUUCUAAGAGAAAAUUCAGCAACAAGAAUCUGAAAUAACUGAAGACAAACAAAAAAUUUAACUUUUAGAGGAAGAAGUUAAAGCUCUAUAAGAAAAAUUGGAAAGCUAAUAGCAAGAUUUAGAAAAAAAAUAACAAGAAUUCGAUUUAGAAAUAUAGGAACUAAAGAAAUCAAAUUAAAAAGAUGACUCAGAAGAAAAAGAGAGCUUGAAAGAGUAGCUUGUAGAAUAAAAUUAGGAAAUUGUUGAAUACAAAUAAAAAUUAUCUGAAUUAGAGUAAGAAGUUUAAUCUUUACAAGAAAAAUUAGAUACCUAACAAAAAGAGUUAGAAAGAAGGCAAAUUGAAUUUAACUAAGAAAUAGAGUAGUUGAAGAAAGCAAAUAAAAAUGAAGAAGAAUCUGAAGUAGAAGUUUUGAAUUAAUAAUUGACAGAAUAGAAGACUUCUCUUGAAAACUAAGUAGAGGAGCUAGAAUAAAAGCUUUCCGAAUGCUAAAAUAGCAUUACCUCUUUAUAAUAGUAGAUUUAAAAGUAGGAAGAGGAGAUAUCUAAAUUGAAUGAAAAUAAGCUUAUUUUAGAAUAGGAUAACUAAGAAUUCUAAAAAAUGACUUAACAAUUCAAUGAGGAGCACACUAAAUUAUAGUCUGAAUAUUAAAAUAUUUUAUCAUUCUACAAGUAAGCAGUAGAAGAGAGGGAUAACAUCAAGCAAUAGUAAUAAGAAUUUGAAACAAUCACCCAAAAAGCUUUGGAAGAUAAAAUCAGCAAAGAGAAUAGACAAAAUUAGUAAUAAAGAGAAUAUGAAUAUGCUUAGCUUUUGCAACAAAAAGAGGAACUUAUUGCAGAAUUAGGAAAGAAUGCUAAUAAUCUGAAAGAUAAGCUUACAUAGAUUGAAUAAUUGAGUAUUGAAUAGUAAAUUGCUAUUAGAAGCUUGGAUACUGAAAAGAAAGAAUAAGAGAAAAGUAUCAAAAAAUUAAAUGAUAAAUUAGAAUUUUAAAUUCAAGAAAAUGAUCAACUUUAGUUACUUACAGACAGAUAUUAGAAGGAGCUUAGCAAAAUCAGAAAUUAAAAUGAGGUCAAUGAAAAUUAAAUAAAAAAUUUCAAACUUUUAAAGCAAGAACAAGAGGAUUAAUUAAAGGAGCUUUAGAAUGAAAACAAGCAAUUAAAACAAAGAGAAUCUGAAUUACAAAUUAAAGUUGAAGAGUUAGAAAGCUCUUUAAAGAAUAUCUAAAUAUCUUAGAAGUUUAGAGAUGAAUAAAAGACAUCUGUAAACAAUGAUAGACAGCAAGAAGAUUUAAAUAACUAAAUCAAUGAAUUAAAUAACUAGAUUGACUUAUUCAAAUAACAAAUUAAGGAAUAAUAGGAAAAUGCUGAAGAGUAGUCAUUGCGAGUUUAAUAAUCUCAAGAAUAAUAAUUGAAAUAAAAGGAGGAAAUAGAAGAAUUGAAAACAAAACUUGAAACUUUUGAAAAUUAGAUUGAAAAUUACAAAACAAAAGAGGAAGAUUUAAAAACACAAAUUGACGACUUACAAUAAGACAAAGAUAUGUUGCUUAGAAAAAAGACUGAGAAAGAUCAGAGAAUAGAUGAGCUUAUUUAAUAAAAUGAUAAAAUCUCAGAACUUUGUGAUAAAUUAAACUUAUAAAUCGAAUAGCAGUUACUUACUAUUAGAGAGAACGAAGAAAAUGAAUCUCUUUAAUAAGAAUAAGUUGAUAAUUUGAAGUUCCAAAUUGAAGAAUUAAAGACUCAAAAUGACAAAAUUCAAGUCUAGAGUGGAGAGCUUGCUGCUUAAAACGAAGCCUUUUCAAUAAAAAUCUAGCUACUUGAGAAUUAAAUUGCUAAACUAAAAGAUGAAAAUGAACUUUUAAAAGAAAAAUAACCUGAAAGAACUCAUGCCUACUCUAAAUAAAGUUCAUCAGAACCAAACACUCCUGAACUUGAACGUGAAGAUAAUGAAAAUGUCUUAGAAUAGCAAAUUAAUCUCCCUAAUGAAAAAAUUGAAAAUUAAGAAAAAGAAAAAUAAUAAAAAAUAAACUUUGAACAAAAAAUAGAAGCUGAUAAUACAUUACAGAGCUAAAGCAUUAGCGAGCAAGAUAAUUCAAGCUACUAAAAUGGUAUUGCAUCAAGCCCAGAGAAAGAAGAUUUAAUCAAGAGCUUGUAAAAAGCUUUAGAGGAGCUUAAAAGUUAAGCUUCUUUAAAAGAAAAUGUAUUAAAUCAAAAGCUAAAUCAUUACAAAGAGAAGAAAAGAUAGUACAGAGAGAGUCUAAAGCAUAGUGAAUAGAAAUAUAAAGAAAUUUAAUACAGAAUAGAGACAGAAACUAGAACCCUUUAGACGAGAAUUUAAGUUUUAGAAGAAGAGCAAAAGAUUGUAUAGAAUGAGUCAUAAUUACAAAUUAAUGAUUUGUCUGCUCAAAAAGUUACACUCUAUUAAGAGAAUUAAAAGUAAAUAGAAAAAAUAAACUAGCUAAACGAAUAGCUAAAGCGUCAGGAGCUUGUAUUAUAAGAAACUCAGAGAUAGCUAAGAAACGAAUAGUCAUCUGCUCGUAAUGAUAGCGAAGCUGUAGAUUCUGAUGUAGAAUCCAAAAUUAAUGAGAUUGAAUCUCUUACUGAAGAUAAAAAGCUACUAAAAGAAGAAAUUCAACAGAAAGAUCAACUUAUUUAUCAAUAUGUUGAGUAAAUAAGUGAUUUGGAGAAAUAAUUGCAAAAAACUCAAUAAAAACUCUUAGAAGGCAACCAUAACAGCAGUCCAAAUGAAUCAGAAUUGUAGAUAAUGAGUAUGCAAAGAAACGAAACUACUUCUUCAACAAACGAAGAAAAUAUUUUUAAAGAAGAGGAAGUAAACCAAACUAUUCAGAUGCUUAAAGAGCAGAUUUUAAUUUUGAGCGAACAUGCUUAAGAAAAAGAAAACAACUUAACAGCUUUAUAAGACAGCAUUAAUACAUACUUAAGCGAAAAGGAGUAAUAUGAAAAGCAGAUAGCUAAUUUAAAUAGUUUGAAUGAGCAACUUUAGUAAUAAGUAGAUGAGCUAAACAACUUCAAAAAUUAAAUAGGAGAGCUUAAUCCACAAACAGAAAAAACAGAGUAAUUAGAGAAUCAAUUAAGUUAAAAAGAUGAACAGAUUUUAUGCUUAGAACAAGAAAUAAAUUAAUUAAAAGAAAAAAUUUAAACAGCUAAUUCCAGCGGCAGUGGAGAAUCAAAUUCAAAUGAAAAUGAAGAAGAUAAUUAGAAAAAUAAAGAUUUGAAUGAAUUAAUAGAGUCUUAGAAAGAAAAAAUUUAGGAACUUUAAGAAUAAUGCACCUUUAAUGAAGAAAGAGCCAAUUAGCUGAUGGAAGAAUGUAGAGCUUAUGGAGUCAAGAUGGCAGAUAGAGAGGAAGAAUUUAAUAAGCAAAUGGAGAGAAAUGAUGAGUAUUACAAAAAGUUAUUGAUGAGAAAGAAUGAGGAGUACUCAGAUCUCUAUUCAUAAUAUGAUUCACUUAAUGAAGAAUCAUAUAAUUUAAAAGAGGAAAUAGAAAAGCUCAAAAAUUAAAAAAAUAGCAGCUCUUCAAAUAAUUCUGAUUAAGAAUUAGCUGAAAUUCAAACUAAAUUAAAAGAAAUGGUAGUCUAAAAAGAAAAAGCAGAUCAAGAAAAGGAAGAACUCGAAAAAUCCCAUAAUGAAGCAAUUCAAGAGCUAAAAAAUUAAUUAGAAAACAUGAGAAAAGAAUAUGAUUUGCUAAAAUCUCUCCUUAAUUCAUAAGCCUAGCAAUUAAUAAGCUAGGCUUACAAUCAAGCCGUCACAGAAAAAGAUGAGGAUUAAUCAGGUCUUAAAGAAACAAAUAAUUCAGAAAAUGUUAAAUCUAUUGAAUCAGAAGAUUUCUAACCAAUUAAGUAGAGCUAAAGCCCUGAAAUAACUCCUAAUAAAUAGUUUAAGGCUUUUUCAAACUAAAUUCAUGAUGAUGAAAAUAGCUCAGAAUUAGGUAUUAAAGUAGAAAGCUCUGACUUACAUGAAUAAAUAUAGGAUCUAAAAAGAUAAAUAGUAGAAAAGAAUAUAAAAAUAUCGAACUUAGAAGGAGAGAAUUUAGAUCUUGAGGAUUAGGUGAACUCACUUUACGCAUAAAGUCAAGAAUAUAGGGACAAAAUUAAUAAGUAAUAUUAAGAAAACUAUCAACUUGAAUAUACUUAGAAGUGCUAAAACAUUAAAAAGUCUUAUCGCUCAAAGUUGAAACAAAUUGAGGAAAAUAAAAAGCAAGAAAUGAUUGAACUUAAAUCAUAGAUUGAACGUGAAAGAAACAUUGAAAUGAAAAUGGUAAAAGAAAAGUUAGAAAAAAAUAUAUAACUAUUAGAUGAGGCAUAUAAAAUGUAAAUUUAACAAGUUAGAGAGGAAGAGCUUUGUAAAUAUAACUAAAUUUUAUAGGAAAUGAAAUAAGAAUAUGAAUAGAAAAUAUAAGAACUUAAAACUACUUUAAAUGAGAGCUAAAAUAACAAUAUUGGAAAUAAUGUUAAUGCUCCAAAUUUAAUUUCUGAUUAGCAAGAAUUUGGUAAUAAUAGCAAUAAUAACCCAAAUAACGAACCUGAUUUACUAGAUUUCAGUGAGAACAACUCUUUUACUUCUCCUCCUGUUUAACAAAAUAAUACAAAUAAUGAAUAGCCAAACUAGAACAUAGUUAACCUCUUAGACGAUAAUGAAGAAGAUGAAAUUAUUUGA